GGCGGACCGGUAUAAAGCCCCGCCGGACUGCUCCUCGGCCAGUCAGCUGCUCAACGACAGACAUGGCCUUCAAGCUUUUCAUCUUUGCCGCCAUAGUGGCCGUGGCGCGCGCCGGCUACCUGGGCGCCCCCGCCGUCGUCGCCCCCGGCGCUCCCCUGGCCGCCCGUGCCUAUGCCGCCCCCGCUUACGCCGCCCCCGCCUACGCCGCGUACGCCGCCCCCGCCUACGCCGCCCCCAUCGCUAGGGCUUACGCCCCUGCCCUGCGCGCCGCCCCUGUGGCCGUCGCCCCCGCCGUGAGAGCCGCCCCCGUCGCAGUCGCUGCCCCCGCCGCCGUGGCCGCCGAGUACGACCCCAACCCCCAGUACAGCUACGCCUACGACGUGCAGGACGCUCUGACCGGCGACUCCAAGACCCAGCACGAGACCCGCAACGGUGACGUCGUCCAGGGCAGCUACAGCCUUGUGGAGCCCGACGGUUCCAUCCGCACCGUCGACUACACCGCCGACCCCGUGAACGGCUUCAACGCCGUCGUGCACAAGGAGGCCGGCGCCCACCCCGCCCCCGUCGUCGCCAAGGUCGCCGCCCCCGUCGCCUACGCCGCGCCCGCCAUCGCUAAGGUGGCCGCCCCCGUCGCAUACGCCGCCCCCGCCUACGGAAAGGCCUUCCUGGGUUAAGAACCGUCCGAUUACGACGACGACACACCGCCUAGUUCAAACGUUGCUUCGCCUGAAAUAAUCAUCAUGCAGCGCAUAUUUAUUUGUAUCUUGUCUCAUCUCAUCAUACUACUAUGUACAAAU